AUGGCCUUAAUCAAGGAGUACAUAUAGCAACAACCUAAGGUUGCUUUGAACAUUUAGUAUCUGGAUGGCUGUGCAAAUAUGAAAGAAGAGCAACCAGCUCAAUACUUUUGCCUUGAAUAUUUAUAAAUAACUAUUAAGAAGGCAAGUCCAAUGUAGAAGAGAAGCCAUCGAGACAGAAAUAGUAAUAUUAUUAAAAGCUACAAUAGAAUUUCUAAUCACUCAUUGAGUCAUCAAAAAAUUGGGAGGAUUUGCAUUUACUUAGGAAUUAUCAAAAUAUAUCGAGGGUGCAACCGCAAAAUAUUCUAACCCUUUGAUGUUGAAAUAAUAAAUUAAGAGGCAAUAUUUGCACGUUAAAGUAGCUUGAAUGAAUCCCAAGCCUAUAUAAUUUGA